CCAAUACGCAGAGCGCUAGGACCUCCCCCUUCGGGCUCCAGAGCUAGAAAAGAGCGUCGAUGCCGGCGGCAGUGAUGAGUUGUAGGAGGAGCUGGGUGCUUGGAGGAGCUGGGUGCUUGGCGGCUGUGAGGAGCGGCUGCUGCUACUGCUGCUGCUGCUGGUGGCCUCUUUACAGAUGUAUUGCUGUCAUUGAAUAUUGGCCCAUUUGAAAGUGCUAGGGAAGCUCAACCAUCAGGAUGUCCAAGUACAAACUGAUUAUGUUAAGACAUGGAGAGGGCGCUUGGAAUAAAGAGAAUCGUUUUUGUAGCUGGGUGGAUCAGAAACUUAACAGUGAAGGAAUGGAGGAAGCUCGGAACUGUGGAAAGCAACUCAAAGCACUAAACUUGGAGUUCGAUCUUGUAUUCACAUCCAUCCUGAAUCGGUCCAUCCACACAGCCUGGCUGAUCCUGGAAGAGCUGGGCCAGGAGUGGGUUCCCGUGGAGAGCUCCUGGCGUCUAAAUGAACGUCACUAUGGAGCUUUGAUCGGUCUCAACAGGGAGCAGAUGGCUUUGAAUCAUGGUGAAGAACAAGUGAGGCUCUGGAGAAGAAGCUACAAUGUGACUCCACCACCCAUUGAGGAAUCUCACCCUUUCUACCAUGAAAUCUAUAAUGACCGGAGGUAUAAAGUGUGUGACGUACCUGUGGAUCAGCUGCCCCGAUCUGAAAGCUUAAAGGAUGUUCUGGAGAGACUCCUUCCCUUUUGGAACGAAAGGAUUGCUCCUGAAGUAUUAAGUGGCAAAACCGUUCUGAUAUCUGCUCAUGGAAAUAGCAGUAGGGCUCUCCUGAAGCAUCUGGAAGGUAUUUCUGAUGAAGACAUUAUCAACAUUACUCUUCCCACUGGAGUUCCCAUUCUCCUGGAACUGGAUGAGAACCUGCAUGCUGUUGGGCCCCACCAGUUCCUGGGCGACCAAGAAGCUAUCCAAGCUGCCAUUAAGAAAAUAGAUGACCAAGGAAAAGUGAAAAAACGAGCUGAAAAAUGAAGGCUUUCCCGUUUGCUGGCUAGGAAUAGCUGAAAAAAAAAGGGGCAUGCAGUGUUUUAUGGGUGCUGAUCUCUCUCUUUCUUU